AUGAAAUUCUCCCAUUCGUUACAGUUUAAUGCUGUACCAGAAUGGUCCUCAAAAUAUAUUGCUUAUUCGCAUUUAAAGAAAUUGAUAUAUUCUUUACAAAAAGAAAAAUUAUACGCAAAGGGUAAUAGUUUCCAAAAUUUAAACGAUACCGAACAAACUCCAUUAUUAGAAGAAAAUUCCGAUCCUUAUGUGUUAAGAUUUAUCCAACAGUUAAACAUCGAAUUGAAAAAAAUUGAUAAGUUUUAUAUAUCGCAGGAGACUGGUGUCUUGGCAAACUAUAACGAACUGGAUGAUGAUGUCAAUGAAUUCAAAUCAAAUCUAUUAAAUAAUAGAUUACCAAGUUUAAGUGAUGCUGUUCCACAAUCAAAGAGUAGUAGUAAUAACAAUAAAAAUGGUAAAAAUAGUAAUAUGAAAUUAAAUAGAAGGAAAAGAAGAUCUACAGGAAGAAAAAAUAGUAUGCCAGAUUUACCUCAUAUUGCUAGGAUUGCUACUACUACUAGUGAAUUGCAAGGGAUUGUCUCUACUGGGAAUGGACCUUUUACAGAUAUAGACACUAAUAUUGCAGAUGAGGAUGAAUAUUAUGAUGAUGAUGAUGACGAUGACGAGUCAAUGAAUUCAGGUUUGGCUAUGUCCAUUGAAUCAGCUCCUGCAAUUAGGGCAAAUAAUGAUUUGGACAUGGUGGAUGAUGUAGAUAUUCAUAGCAAUCAUAUUAUUGCUACUCAAAAAUCUAGAAAUUCUUUGAAUACAUGGGGGUCCUUGUCUCAAUCCAGAGAUAAUAAUGGACCAAAUUAUUUGAUUACACCAUUCUUACAACAUAAAGUUACUUUAAAGAAAAGAUUAGUGGCAAUGUUUACUCAAUUAUCUGAAUUGAAAGAAUAUAUUGAAUUGAAUCAAACUGGGUUCUCUAAGAUUUGUAAAAAAUUUGAUAAAUCAUUGAAUACAAAGAUUAAAAAUGAUUAUUUAAAGACAAUCGUUACAAAGUCUCAUGUGUUUAAACCAGAGACAAUAGCAAAUAUUAAAUCGCUGUUGAAUGAUACUAUUAUUAUUUAUGCAAAAUUAUCCAAGGAGACUUAUCCAUCAAUUCCAUCAUUUGCAGAAUUAAGCAAUAACAAUAGUGAUCUAUAUUUAAAUGUUGAUGAAAUAGAAAAUGAUCAGGAUACACAUGUAAGUAGGGAGGAUUUGGUUGAUUAUGAAGCUGCAGAGAAAGAAUUGUCUUCACAUUUAAGAGAUCAUGUAGUUUGGGAAAGAAACACUGUUUGGAAAGAUUUAAUGAAUUUGGAACGUAAAUCACAAAAUGUGAAGACUACCCAUGUAAAUAAUAUCCGUACAAGGAAUAAUUCGUUGGUAGGAUCAGUUGGAGCACAACCAUCUGUGAUAGAGUUCGAUACCGCUGGAAAUUAUUUGAACGUUGAGACAAUAGCUGAUUUUUCCAAAUUAUCAAUAAAACAAAUGCUGUUUUUAGUUUUAAAUGCUACUGCCUUAUGGAAAUUUGUUUUCAUUACAGCUAUCUUCCUCUCAUUUGUUGGUAUAUAUAGCCCCUUUGAGGAUACUCUACAAAGGAAUUGUUUUGCAAUUUUGAUAUAUGCUUCAUUACUUUGGGCCACUGAAACUUUACCCUUGUUUGUAACAUCGUUGUUGAUUCCAUUAUUAAUAGUAGUAUUCCCUGUACUUAAGGAUCAAUCAUCGAUGGAACCAUUAACUUCUGUACAAGCAUCGCAAUUUAUCCUGUCGACAAUGUGGUCAAGUGUUAUAAUGUUGCUAUUAGGUGGUUUUACUUUGGCCGCAGCUUUGUCCAAAUAUAACAUUGCAAAAGUUUUAUCCACUUAUAUCUUAUCUUCUGCAGGUACAAACCCUCAAGUAAUUUUGAUUACAAAUAUGUUUGUUGCCGCAUUUGUUUCGAUGUGGGUAUCUAAUGUGGCAGCACCUGUUCUUUGUUAUUCCAUUAUUCAACCGUUGUUGCGGACCUUACCAAGAAAUUGUGAUUAUUCUAAAUCAUUAAUCCUUGGGAUUGCGUUAGCAUCAAACAUCGGUGGUAUGUCUUCUCCUAUAUCUUCACCUCAAAACAUUUUCUCAUUUGGAUUAAUGUCACCACCUCCAUCUUGGAUAGAAUGGUUUAUCAUUUCAAUUCCUGUUUGUAUUAUUAGUAUCUUAUUGAUUUGGGUGUUAUUAGUAUUAACUUUCAACACCGAUUCUAAGGAUAUUAAGAUUUUACAAUUUCAUCCUUUGAGAGACCCUUUCACCAUUACUCAAUGGUUUGUUAGUAUUACAAGUAUUGGUACUAUCUUAUUAUGGUGUCUAUCAAAUAAACUCUCUGAGAAAUUUGGUGACAUGGGUAUUAUAUCUAUUAUCCCAAUAGCUUUGUUGUUUGGUACAGGUUUGUUAAGUUCAGACGAUUUCAACAAUUUCAUGUGGACAAUUGUUAUCCUGGCAAUGGGUGGUACAACUUUAGGUAAAGCUGUCUCUAACUGUGGUCUUUUAUCGACAAUUGCUCAUAUUAUAAAGGAGAGUGUGGAGGGACAGCCAUUAUUUUUGAUUGUACUAUUGUUUGGUCUCGGGGUGUUGGUGAUGGCGACUUUUGUUUCACAUACUGUCGCUGCCAUGAUUUUAGUACCAUUAAUGGGUGAAAUUGGUGCUAACUUACCUGGUGAGGACCACUCUAGACUACUGAUAAUGAUUACUACCUUAUUAUGUUCGUGCGCAAUGGGUUUGCCUACCAGUGGUUUACCUAAUGUGACUGCUAUUUCCAUGAUUGAUGAAGUUGGAGAUAGAUAUUUAACAGUAGGAAAUUUUAUUACAAGAGGUGUUCCAGCAAGUUUGAUUGCAUAUGUCUUAGUUGUCACUGUGGGAUAUAGUGUAUUGAGAUUAUUGGAUUUCUGA